AUGGACCCUGAGCUACUAGACGACCAGAGACGACUUUGGCAUUGCACCUACUACUUCGAUCGUAUGCUUGCUAUUACCCUUGGCCGCCCAUUUGGGAUAAUUGAUGAGAGUACACGUGUCCAAAUUCCGAAUCCCUGGACUGGAUCGCGCAAAGACCUGACACAGCCAGUCGUUGACUUCGAUCUCCACAUGCGGAGAGCACAUAAUCAUCUCUUCUCGUUGAUGCGGCUUGAAUCUGAGAUCAAGCACGUUCACCACACUCAGACCUGGUCUUCUGCCAGACUGGCGGCGCCUCGGCCUAAUUGGAAAGCCUGGCUACAAGGCGUACAGCCGCGCCUCCAAGAGUGGCAGGCAACUAUCCCUGAUCCGAAGAAGGCGCACCCUUCGUCUAUCUUCCGCUGUGAUGCCUACUGGGACGUCAUGUACUACAAUGCCGUUCUGUUACUCUAUCGCCCUCACUCGUCCGGCGCGCAUGUAUCAAGCGAGGAGUUGCUCGUUUGCUUUGAGGCUUCAACCAAAGUAAUUGCUGGCCUCAAGAUCCUGCAACAAGAAGGGAGGGUCGAGAUGCUCUGGAAGUCAGUUCACCAACUUUUUUUGGCAGGCCUCGGAGUCAUCUAUGGUAUUUGGCGCUCAGGCGAUGUAUUGGCUCACCAUUCCAUCGGCACAUGCAUUGCAACACUGCAAUCAUGUGGCUCGACUCUAUCGGCAAUGUCGGAAACCUUCAAAGGCGCCAGUGGAUGCAGGAAUGCUUUCGACGUACUGUCAUCCACAACAAUCAACUGGCUUGUUACCAAAGAUGCCGAGGACACGAGGCAAAGCCGAUUGGAAUUUGAGAGCCACGUCAAGGACCUACCGGAACACUUACGACUCCCUCGGGAGGAGACUCUACUAGCUGAGGACCGCGGCAUGGAUAAUAUGCUGGAUAUUCUGUCCAUGAACCAUUUCGAUCUCAGCGAGCUCUUGAACAAUGCCGCGCAGUGGCCAGGGCCUGAUGAGUUGGAUUAUAUUAUGAGUGAUUACCCCGACGCUGGAUUUGAACUCGAUGUUGCUAUAGCUGGUAAUUUAUAA